AGAACAUCCACGGAAACGCAACAUGCAGCUCAACCAGAAGAUGAUGAUGAGACUUGCUGCCAUUGCUGUCAUUAUGUCAGUGAUGAUCAUGAAGACGAAUGGACAAAACCGGUUUGUUCAAUGCUGCACAAGCGUCUCCACUAAGGAAAUCACGUUGCCUAUAACCGGAUUCAAAUAUCAGAAGAGAAAUCCUCCAUGCGUCAAAGCAGUCAUUUUCUUCACAAAAGAGGGUGAACAAUGCAUUCACUGGAACCAGAGCUGGGUUCGGGAGAAGAUCCAGGAGCUCAUAAUCUCAAUGGAGAAAAUGAACAGCACUGUUUCUACACCGCUGAAGAUGAACAGCACUCUGUCUACACUUCUGAGGAUCAACAGCACUAUUUCCACAGCUCUGCAGAUGAACAGCACUCUCUCUACUCCUCUCUCCACCUCCUCUUCUUAAUAAUAAAAACACUAAAGAUAUUUAAACUGAUCAAAAUGGGUUCUGCUGAAAUAAGUCAGCUUGUUUUAAAAAUGCGGUGAAUGCUUCAUGC